AUGAAGAUCUUCAGUAUCAUCGCAUGCCUUUGCGCAACCUCACUGGCUUCAAAACCGCCACAGUUUCACAAUUCAGCAAAUCACCCCGGUGCCGAUCCUUAUGUGAUGUGGGAUUACAAAACAAACCUAUAUUAUGCAUAUUCUACAGAGGGAGCAGAUCCAGGGAGCCUCUUUGCGAUUUACAGCAGUCCUGAUCUGUCGACUUGGCACAAACACCCCGGAGGCGUUCUGAAAGCGUGCUACGAUGAUAACAUGAGACGCAUCAAGGGCGGCCAGGCCUGUUGGGCGCGUGACUGGUACUGGGCUCCCGAGAUAUACUACAACAAGCUGACCGGGUGGUACUUUUUCUUCUAUGCUGGCCGGUUGCGGGAGGACUUGACAAAGGAUUACUUCCGAUACUCGGACUUUGAAGAGCCGUCUAAAGUUGGCGUGGCUGUCGCUCGUUAUCCGACGGGACCGUUUAGGGAAAUUGAGGAUAAGCCGGUUGAAUACUAUCCAUUCGAUCCCGACUAUCGCGAUGUCAACCUCAUCAUGGACGGGAAACAGAUGCUGCCUCCACAGAGUCUUGCAGAGGGUCAGACAGCACCAAAGGGAACAUAUAUCCCCACCAUCGAUGUUAACAUCUUCUUUGACAUGGAUAAGCGAAUUUAUAUGUAUCUCUCACGGAAUGCAUACCGAAACUGGAAUUGGGAUAGCAAGUUGGGCAAGUACAUCGAAGAGUCGAAUAUCAUCGUAGUAGAGAUGGAACGCGCUUGGUGGGACGAUCCAAAUGCAUUGACCAUGCCACAAAUCAUCGCCACGCAAAGGAACAUCCAUGCCCGGAAUGCGCAAAAACCUCCCUCGAACAUCACCUCCUACAACGGCACCGGUGAGAUUGGAUCACCACCUCGCAAAGACGGCUGGAAGACGGUUAUUUCCUACGGCGCUGAUCCGCAAGGUUGGGAAAACUUUCACGUUGACGACUAUCGAAAUUUCAAUGGCACCAAGAAAGAUCGUCGUUGGGCUGAAGGGAGCACUAUCAUCACGAGACUUGGCAAAUCUGAUGCAAAACCCGUUUAUCUUCUAUUAUACAGCGCCAAUAACUACGAAGCAUCCAACUAUGGCGUUGGCUUCGCAACUGCAAAAUCUCCAUUUGGACCAUUUCGAAAAUCUUCCAACAAUCCUAUCCUUACACAGGACCCUGAUAACGAGAUUCCAAUCUACUCAACUGGCCAUGGUAGCAUUGUUGCUUCACCUGGUAAGAAAAGCAAGAUAACCUUCGCUCAGGACGUUACGCAUCAAACACCCUGGGGUUCUGAGCUGUUCUAUGUACAUCAUGGCCGUAACAGCACGGAACGUGAUCGUUCCCUUUACACAACUCGAUUGCAUCUCAAUGAAGACGCUGUUGACUUUGGGUCUAACGAUGCUCUCAACAUGAGUCUUACACCACUUGAUCAACCUCUACCGAAGCACACGUAUCCAAUUAACAUGCUGGCAAAGUGCUCCAUUUUGCAUGCCCUGACUAGUAAUAAGAGAUGGCAUCAAUAUCACGUUCGUAUUGAAUCCAAGCUAGGAGCUCCUUUUGAUAUUCGUGAACGAACGAAUAGGGUUGUUGGACAGCCUGGAGAGAAAGCUCCAACGUCUGUGACAGCUGAUUGGCAUGAUGGCUCGUUUGUCAUAUCUUUUGAUAACAAGAUUGUGAGGGAAUUGGCUUAUCAGCGACUGGGUGUUGAUGGUACAUGGACAACAAUCACAACAAGCUGGACUACAUGCAGAUAG